AUGGCAAAAUUUGUUCCUAGACAGCGCAAGCACAAGGUGCUUGCCCGUGAGCGGGCCAAGGAAAAUGGCCGCCAUGACGUCGCAGACACUAAUCAGGAAAUCCUCGAUUCGGCAGACAAGCUGGAAUGGGCGGACAAGCGUGCACGCAUGAAAGAGGAGCUCAGACAAGAGGCUGGGAAAAUGAACUCGAAGAAAGCCAAGCGUCUCGAAAAGUACAUUGACACAAAGCUACGCAAGGACGAGAACCGAGAGCUGCUUGCCAAGCUGGCUUCGAGAAAAAUCGACACAAGUUUAUUCUCUAGCAGCAAAUCUUUGGGGCAAGGCCGCGAGACUAAGAAACAGAGUCUGUCAAGAGCACUUAGAGAAGCCAGGGCUGGGAUUGAUAAUGGCGAGGAGCUCUUGGAGGAGAGGCGAGAGGCAGCCGAGGACGACAGCGACGAAAAUGAUGACAAUGACGACAAGCCAACCGUUGCUAGAACACCUGCACCUGUAGCGAUCGCGCAAACUGAAGCAAAGCUUACAGAGCUGAAAGCAGUCACUGCGCAAACGCCAGCCGUAUUAGGGUCCGGUUUGAAGCGACCGCUCGACGUUACCGAAGAUGGACGACCAGUUAUCCAGAAGCGACAAAAACGAGGCGGAGUAAAAUCCAAAGUCAGAGCCACGGUAGAGCGUCUCUCUCCGGAGAGUGAGAGUGGGACUGAUGAGGAUGAAUGGAGUGGCAUAAGUGACGAAGACGAGGAGUCGCAAGGCGACAAUGGAGACAAAAAUGACGAGGGCGAUGACGACGACAGCGACGACAGCGACGACAGUGACGACGGAAAUGACGACGACGCUGACGAAGAAGAAGAAGAAGAAGAAGAAGAAGAAGAAGAAGACGAGGACGAGGAGGACAAUACAGAAAAAUCCAAGAGAUCUUCGAUUUUUAAAGCAUGGGCAACGCAACAGCGAAAUGAAGCUCUGGGCUUCAACCCAACUGAUUCGACGACCAGCAAUAUGGUGAUACCAAGGCCAGAGAACUUUAUUCCUCGGGCUCCGGAGCAAGAUCCACUGCCUAUGGAACUGCAACCGACCGAAAAUACUGCAAGGAAGGCUUUCAGCGUCACGGUUACUAGAAAACCAGAGAUCCAGGAGGCUCGCUUGAGACUCCCAGUCGUUUCCGAGGAACAGAGACUUAUGGAAGCCAUCCAUAACCACAACAUUGUCGUCAUCUGUGGUGCUACAGGCUCCGGUAAGACGACGCAGGUACCCCAAUUUCUGUUUGAAGCUGGAUAUGGAGCUGCGGAGUCGGAGACACCAGGCAUGAUUGGUGUCACGCAGCCUCGCCGAGUCGCUGCUGUUAGCAUGUCCAAGCGUGUAGCAGAGGAGCUGGGCGACCACUCUUCAGCAGUCGCAUAUCAAAUUCGCUUCGAGGGGAGUGUCGACGAUAAGACUGCAGUCAAAUUCAUGACUGACGGUAUCUUGCUUCGCGAGAUUGCCCAAGAUAUCACUCUCAAGAAAUACUCAGCCAUCAUCAUUGACGAAGCACACGAAAGAAGUGUGAAUACGGACAUUUUGAUCGGUAUGCUGAGCAGAGUGAUCAAGCUCCGUGCCGAGCUGGCCAAGGAAGACAUCAAGGUCAAGCCGCUGAAGCUCAUCAUCAUGUCUGCUACCCUUCGAAUCGAAGAUCUUACCAUGAACCCAAACUUAUUCCCCACACCUCCUCCAGUGCUUGAGGUGGAGGGCAGACAGCAUCCCGUCACCAUGCACUUUGCUCGCAAGACCCACCACGAUUACGUUGAAGAGGCAUUCAAGAAAAUCAGCCGUGGGCACAGAAAACUUCCACCUGGUGGGUUCCUCGUGUUUCUCACUGGCCGCAACGAAAUUCUCCAGCUCAGCAAGCGCCUAAAAACAGCUUUUGGCGGACUGAAAUCCGCCGAAGGCCCCAGAGUACAGAUAUCAGCUUCCGAGGCACCGCUGGAGGUAGAAGAUCUUGAUCUCGGCGAUGUGGAUGACAAUACGCAUGAUGACAUGGACGAGAUAGUAUCUGACGGUGAAGAAGAAAAGGAUGAGUUCGAGAUCGAAGAAGAACAGGAAGCAGCGCCUCUCAAGGUGCAGAUCCUGCCUCUUUACUCGCUUCUCCCGACGCGAGAACAGAUGAGAGUGUUUGAGCCCGCGCCCGAAGGCACGAGACAAAUCAUAUUGGCCACUAAUGUCGCCGAAACCUCUUUAACAAUCCCUGGAACACGAUUCGUGUUUGACUGUGGCCGAGUCAAGGACCGAAACUACGACCGCCAAAGCGGCGUGCAAAGCUAUGAUAUUGGCUGGAUUAGUAAAGCCAGUGCGAAUCAGCGCGCGGGUCGUGCAGGCCGUACAGGCCCUGGUCACUGCUACAGACUAUACUCGUCUGCUGUAUUUGAGCGUGACUUUCAGGAGUUUGCAGACCCUGAGCUAUUACGCAUGCCCAUUGAGGGCGUCGUUUUGCAGCUCAAGUCUAUGAACUUGCAGAAUGUGGUCAACUUUCCCUUUCCCACGCCGCCAGAGCGACACAGUUUGGCCACUGCGGAAAAGCUAUUGGAAUAUCUCUCGGCAAUUUCCUCCAGCGGUCAGAUUACACAAAUCGGCCAGACAAUGUCCGUCUUUCCUCUGUCACCGCGAUUUGCGAGAAUUCUACUUGUUGGACACUUGCACGACUGCCUGCCUUAUACCAUUGCACUGGUUGCCGGCCUGUCUGCCGCCGAAGUAUUUCUACCUGAGGCGCAGGCUGUGCCCGCCCUUGCAGCCCAGGUGGAUGGCGCAAUUCGCACCAACGCUGACAUUGUGGCCGAGACGAAACAAGUCAACGCGCGGCGCAUGUUCAAUGAGGUGCAUCACAACUUUUGCUACCUCGACGACAAGUCGGAUGCAAUCAAGCUGCUACAGGUUGUUGGCGAGUUUGCCCAUGACCCGACGGAAGCCUGGUGUGGAAGCCAUUUUGUGCGGUACAAGGUGCUCAAGGAAAUCCAGCAGCUGCGCAAGCAAAUCACAGACUUGCUGCGGACGAAUAUCCCGUCGUUUGCCAGCCUUCAGUACAAAGACAAGCUGGACCCGCCGUCUCCAAAGCAGGUAUUGGCAUUAAAACAGAUGGUUGCCGCAGGCUUCAUCGACCAGGUCGCGAUUCGGGCCGACAAGGCUCCCGUCCCCCCGGAGCAACACCGCAAGCCGAAACGUGCGAUUGACGUGCCAUACAUGCCUCUGAUUUCUCUACAAGGCGCAUCGGGUGCUGCGAGCGAGGCCGGUCUUGUGUAUAUCCACCCGACAUCGCCCAUGGCGCACUUGAGCAUCCAGGAGUGCCCGGAGUACAUUGUCUACUCGUACCUGCAGCAGGCGACGCCUACUGGCGAUGGUACAAAGAAACCGAAGACCAGGAUGCAUGCACUCACCGAUAUCUCAGGCGGACAAUUGGCCGGUCUUGCCAAGGGUACAUCGCUUCUCACCUACGGCAAGCCCAUCAAGGAAACGCGUGCGCCAUCGGCAUCUGUGGACGGCGGUGCGACCCGAGAAUGCUGGGUGAACCCAUACCUGCGGGCAGAGAAUACCGGAGGGCAGGGCUGGCAACUGCCGGCCAAGAAGGUCAAGCAGAGAAAGAUUGCCGGCCGGGGAUGGGUGGUGGAAUAA